AUGUCAAAGCUGUUUUCUACCGUUAAUUCUGCAAGGCAUACCGUUACACUGGGCAGUAUGAAAGACUAUGUGCAUAUCAAGAAGUUAGAGAUGAACACGGUUCUGGGACCAGAUUCUUGGAACCAAUUGCUGCCUCAGAAAUGCCUGUUAAGUUUAGAUAUGGGCACAGAUUUCAGUAAGUCAGCGGCUACAGAUGACUUAAAGUACUCUUUAAAUUACGCAGUUAUUUCUCGUGAUCUGACAAAAUUUGUUAGCAGGAGGAAAAAUUGGGGCUCUGUUUCCAAUUUAGCUAAAUCUUUAUCUCAAUUUGUUAUGGCUACAUAUGCCGGUGUUGAAUCACUGAAUUUAGAAGUGCAAGCAGAUACGAUACACAUUAGAAGUGAUCAUAUUUCUUGCGCCAUUCAACAAGACAGACAAAAUCCAGAUCAAAAAAAAUUUGAUGUUGUGAGAAUAUCAGAUCUGAAAAUGCUGACUUUGAUUGGUGUUUUCACUUUUGAAAGGCUCAGGAAGCAAUAUGUCACGUUGGAUAUAAAAUUACCUUGGUCGAAGAAGGCUGAGUUGGCACCCCCAGUGCAAAAUGUCAUCGAUGAUGUUGUGAAAUUUGUAGAAGCUUCAAACUUCAAGACCGUUGAAGCCUUAGUGGAAUCUGUGACAGGUAUUAUUGCCAAUAACGAUUAUUUCCAAAAAUUUCCAGAAUUGCCAAUUGUAGUCAAGGUUUUGAAGUUAAACGCAAUUACGGCUACUGAGGGUGUAGGGGUGAGUUGUGUUAGAGAGCCUAGGGAUAUCAAAACCUUGAGUACCACUGACAAUGAACAGCCUUGUGGCGAUAAUGAGACUUCUAAUACCGCCUUUGAUUUACCUUCAUUGCAAAACACAUUUGUUGAGGGGAAAGAUACAUGGAAAACGGCUUUCUUAGCAUUUGGUUCAAACAUUGGAGAUCGUCUCAAGCAUAUUCAAAUGGCAUUGAAGUUACUAUCGAAGGAAAAAACAAUUAGAAUACUGAAUAUUUCGUCUGUUUUUGAAAGUGAACCAAUGUAUUUCAAAGAUCAAAGUCCCUUUAUGAAUGGGUGCAUUGAACUGAAAACUCUAUUGGCUCCAAGAGAAUUAUUGAAAUUAUGCAAAAAAAUUGAGUACGAAGAAUUGCAAAGAAUCAAGCAUUUUGAUAACGGACCCAGAACAAUAGAUUUGGAUAUCGUCAUGUAUUUGAAUAGUGUCGGGGAGGAUGUACUGGUAAAUGAAGCUGAUUUAAAUAUACCACAUCCUAGAAUGUUAGAGAGAACUUUUGUUCUUGAGCCACUAUGUGAGCUAAUAUCACCACGUUACCUUCAUCCUGUGACAGCAGAACCUAUAGUAGACUAUCUAAAACAAAUAUACGAGAAGCAGAAUGAUGAAGAUACUUUAUGGAAAUUAGUUCCGUUACCUUCCCGUGAUAAUACGGAAUCUAGGUUUCUGAAAUUCAAAACGAUAACCACCAUCGAUGAAUUAACUGGAGAAGCAAAAAGAAUCACUAUUUCACCAACAUAUAUCAUGGGUAUAUUCAACGCUACCCCAGAUUCUUUUUCAGAUGGAGGUGACCAUUUUACUGACAUUCAAAGUCAAAUGAAUAGUGUUGCCAACAUGUGUAAAGAAGCAUUGACUUUGCAUGACUACGUGAUCAUCGACAUUGGAGGGUGUUCCACUAGACCUAAUUCUAUUCAAGUAUCUGAAGCAGAAGAACUAAAGAGGACAAUCCCAUUAAUUAAAUCCAUCAGAGAAAACUCUAACUUGCCACAAGAAAAACUUAUACUCUCCGUCGAUACUUACCGUUCCGACGUCGCUAAAGAGGCUAUUGCGGCUGGAGUGGAUAUUAUCAACGAUAUUUCUGGAGGAUCUUUUGAUAGCAACAUGUUGGACGURAUUGCCGAAAAUCCAGAAGUCUGUUAUAUCCUUUCACACAUUCGUGGCGAUAUUUCAACGAUGAACAAAUUGACACAUUACGAGGACUCUGCCUUAGGCGAUUGUGUUCAACAAGAGUUCGUGAACAACACUGACAUUCAACAGUUGGAUAAACUGAAAGACAGCACAACAUUAAUUAGAAAUAUAGGACAAGAAAUUGGAGAAAGAUACUUGAGAGCAAUCGAAAAAGGCGUCAAGCGUUGGCAAAUAAUAAUAGAUCCUGGGCUUGGGUUUGCCAAGAAUGGGAAACAGAACUUACAAAUUAUUAGACAAAUUCCCAUGUUGAAGAACUACUCUUUCAUCAUGGACACACAAGAUUCUCAUACCUAUAUAAACUUCAGAAACAUCCCUGUUCUGCUAGGCCCAUCGCGCAAAAAAUUCAUUGGACACAUUACAAAGGACGUAGACGCAAAACAAAGGGACUUUGCCACCGGAACCGUAGUCGCAUCGUGUGUUGGAUUUGGUAGUGACAUGGUUAGGGUUCAUGACGUGAAAAAUUGUUCGAAGAGCAUUAAAUUAGCAGAUGCUAUUUAUAAAGGUUCGGAAUAA